AUAAGGAAAAAUUGGCACUAUAAAAAUGCCAAUUGGCGGUUUUUGAUUGCAACAUUCCCAUCAUGUACAAGGGCACUCUCCUCUGCUGCCUGGUUCUGGGCCUGAUCCUGGCUCUGGCCAGCGCCUACAACGGCCAGGACAUCUACGCCGAGCCCAACUGCGCCAUCGUCGAGGAUCACGCCCGCAAGUUCCGCGACAUCUCCGAUCCCACCCACUACUGGGUCUGCCCCGAGGGUCAGGAGAAGGCCGACUACAUCCAGUGCCCGGACAACUAUGCCUUCAUGGAGCCCCAGCAGGGAUGCGUCGUCUGGGAGGAGUGGAAGUGGAUCGAACCAUACACCAAAUAAACAGCAAAAAACCCACGACUCGUGAGCAGCAUAAAGUCUAA